CGCAGGAUUUUUACGUGAUUUCGUGGUGCGCGGGUUGUGAGUCCACAUUGUGAAGAAGGUGUUUUUCUGUGAAAUACUCACCUUCUGUUGGGCUCACUACAUGACAACGCACCAGACGGUGGUGGAAUGUGGAUCUUGACGCCGCUGCAGCCUGCAGGAGGAUGGGGAGGAGGAGGAGGUGAGAUCCACUAUCUCAUUGCCAGUAAGGAGUAUGUGGUUGGGCGGAAAAACUGUGCCAUCCUUCUUGCAAAUGACCAGUCCAUCAGCAGGGCUCAUGCUCUCCUCACUGUUACUGACCAGACCCUGACCUUGAAAGACACCUCCAAGUACGGCACUUUUGUCAACAGCCAGCGUGUGACAGAGAACACAGCAGUCCACUUGAAGACAGGGGACAGUAUCACCUUUGGGGCCUUUCACAGCAAAUUCAAUGUGGACUAUUUGAAGCCAGUGGUGUGUUCUUCAUGUUUGGACAAUGAUGGCAAAGCGUCACUCUCUCAGGCUCUGCUGGCUUUGGGAGGAAAACUGGUCAACACGUGGACUCAGGACUGCACCCACCUGGCUAUGCCCUCUGUUAAAGUCACCAUCAAGACUAUUUCUGCUCUGCUGUGCUGUUGUCCCAUUGUGAAGCCGGAGUUCUUCUUAGAGCUCAACAAAGCUGUUGAGCAAAAAGUGCCGCUUCCUAAAGCAGAGAGUUUCCUCCCUGUGAUUGACGAGCCCAGCUUGAGUAAAGAUGACGUUAAACUCGGAGUGACUCCACUUCGCAAACAGCUUUUUGCUGAAAAGACCUUCAUAUUCCUCAGUGCAAAACAGCUGAAGCGUCUGAGUGCAGCCGUGGGUUUUGGCAGAGGUAAGAGCCAGCUGCUGGCGGAGGGCUGCCUGCCCCGAGACCUGCUGGAGUCUUCACAGACCUGUGUGGUUGAUGCUACAACAGGAAGCUCCCAAACUCUGCUCUCUUCCUCUACUGCUGAGUGGGCAAACUCUGUGAAGAACAUUGUUCAAAGAAAAGGCCUUCGAGUCAUCACAGAGUCUGAAAUUGGUUUGGCUGCCAUCUUUGCUUCCUGUGACAAAUACUGCAAUCCAUCCAAUCUAACGGCAGAGACAGAGUCGGCACCUCAAAUGAAAUCCAGAAUCCCAAGUGCUUCACUGUCACAGAAUGUGGCGGUGGAUGAGACCAUGUUACCUGCAGGAUCACAAAAUAUCACAGCAUACGCCGUGAAUACAGAGCCGCCAGAAGGGUCAGAGUCAUGUGACUUGCCUGGGGUUACAGCAGUGGGAGAAACGCCUGAAAAGAAACAAACCCAGAACCCCAGUCAGUGUGAUGUAUCCAGAGUCAUAUCUGAGAGUGUUUCUGCUCAGUGCAUUGUGGCUGACACGAUGAGCAUGAACACUGUACACAACACAGACUCCCAGAGGAAGAAGCCCGAGUCCAAACUGACAGUUUCAGGUGAAAGGAGGGCCCAGUCAUCCACAUUCAGCACCAUGAAGCCACCAUUCCAACUGAAGCAAUCGCCACGGAAACCACAAACUCCUGCUCAGACGUCCCCACAGAAACAGUCGACACUGACAAAUUUCUUUCAGCCAGUCAAUAAGAAAAGGCCUCUGAACGAUGAGUUCUCCCCUGUCAUGUCUGAGUCAAAGCGACCUGCACUGGCAUCAUCCAUGAGCAGGAUACAAGCACCGAGCACCACAUUCACAUGUAAAGAAACACCCACGUCCCAGACUCCACUGGGUUCAGGAGCCGAUCUGUUCACAGGACAGUCACAGGCUCCACAUCACAGAGUCUCCCACACUGCCCAGGAAGAGCCACGGAGCAGAAAGAGGAAGGAGAUUGAAGAAGAGACAAGGAUGGAGGAGCUGGAGUCUAUCAUGUCGGAAGAUAUGGAUUUUUUUGACGAGCAACCAUCAAGCAACCAAUGCCAGCAAGCACAGCUAAAAGAGCAAAGUUCAGUUGCACAGAAACAUGCUUUAAAUAUAGCAGAGGCUUUUCCCUCAAGCAAAAGGCAGCGUGUCCAUGUAGAGGACAGUGGAGACAACAAAAGGCCACUGGUGGACACGGAAAAAAGGAACCAGAGCCGAGAUCCUGAGCAGUAUGUUGUCUCCAUCAAGACAGAACAAGUUGACCCCUCAUAUAACAAGACGACUAAUGAUGAAUCCAGCAAACGUCUCGAUGUGUCAUCUGCCACAAAAACCAAAAACACCACACCCUGUGACGGUGACAAAGCGUCUGUCAUGGAGGAUAUUAAUCUGCUCAAAGGAGAUAAUUGCAAGCCAGAAGAAGUUAAAACCCUUCAGAAAUUAGUUGUGAUCAAACAGGAGGUCCAAGAAUCCAGGAUUGAUGAGGACCUUCCUAAAAAGCUGUUGUUGGUGGAGUUCCGAUCUCUCACUGUGACGGCACCUCCCAAAACCAAACCAAAGCACCCGCCAGGCAACGGCUACACCAAGAACUUCAAAUGUUUCCGCAAGAGCCGGGUAACGGGCGUGGAGGGCUCAGCCCACGUCAUAGCAGGGUCUGCUCUGCUGGUUCACAACAAGGGGAAGAACUCUGAUCUGGAUGAAUGGCUGAAAGAUGUAACUGAGGAGGAGCAACAGAGCAGACGGGAUGAGACUGUAGGGGACGACCUCUUCAGGUACAACCCCACCAAACUGACCAGGAGAAGAUGAAACACCUUCAUUUUAAUGUCAUCCAGUGGGAAUUAAUUUUAGAGACAAGAAGAAAAAGAAGAGCUAAAAUGAUAUGUGUUAAUAAUGUUAAUGGAUCUAAUGUGGAGUCACUGCUUCAUAUCUGCUUUUCUGUUCUCUCUGUUGUGUCGUUAUACUUUCCACUAAUGACGCCACUGACAGCAAACAAUGUAAAAAAAACAGUCUUGUGAUCAGAGAUAUUUUUUCUCUCCCUGUUUUUAUUUGUCAAUAAUAAAAAAUAUGCCAUACAAAACACUAAAAACUCUUCAAUUGUACAAGAGCGCAUUAAAAGUCUACAUGCUAAAA